AUGUUGUGGCUGUGGUUAGGGCUCAGCGGGCAGAAACUAUUGCUUUGGGGCGCAGCGAGCGCGGUCUCCGUGGCCGGCGCCACUAUUCUGCUCAACAUCCUGCAGAUGCUGGUAAGCUAUGCGCGGAAAUGGCAGCAGAUGCGGCCAAUCCCGUCGGUGGCUCCCGCCUACCCCUUGGUGGGACACGCGCUGUAUAUGAAGCCCAGCAACACAGAAUUUUUUCAGCAGAUAAUUCAGUACACAGAAGAAUUUCGACACCUGCCAGUCAUUAAACUUUGGAUCGGUCCAGUGCCCCUGGUGGCACUCUAUAAGGCGGAGAAUGUAGAGGUGGUUUUGGCCAGUUCGAAGCAAAUUGAUAAAUCGUUUUUGUACAAGUUCCUGCAGCCAUGGCUGGGACUAGGACUUCUUACAAGUACCGGCAGCAAAUGGCGCACCAGGAGGAAGAUGCUAACGCCCACUUUCCAUUUUACGAUUCUGGAGGACUUCUUGGAUGUCAUGAACGAGCAAGCAAAUAUAUUGGUUAAUAAGCUUGAAAACCACGUCAACCAAGAAGCCUUUAACUGCUUCUUUCACGUCACUCUUUGUGCUCUGGAUAUAAUCUGUGAAACGGCUAUGGGGAAGAACAUUGGAGCUCAAAGUAAUGAUGAUUCUGAGUAUGUCCGUACAGUGUAUAGGAUGAGUGAUAUGAUAUAUAGAAGAAUAAAGAUGCCUUGGCUUUGGCUUGACCUUUGGUACCUCAUGUUUAAAGAAGGAUGGGAACACAAAAGGGGACUCAAGACCCUACACACUUUCACCAACAAUGUCAUUGCUGAACGGGUCAAUGAAAAGAAGGCAGAGGAAGAACGGAUGGGUGCUGGCAGGGGUCCUAUCCCCUCCAAAAAUAAACGCAAGGCUUUCCUUGACUUGCUUUUGAGUGCGACUGAUGAGGAAGGAAACAAAUUAAGCCACGAAGAUAUCCGAGAGGAAGUUGACACCUUCAUGUUUGAGGGCCAUGAUACAACUGCUGCUGCAAUAAACUGGUCCUUAUACUUACUGGGUUCUAAUCCAGAAGUCCAGAGGAAAGUGGACAAGGAGCUGGAUGAUGUGUUUGGAAGAUCCCAGCGCCCUGUCACCUUGGAAGACCUGAAGAAACUUAAAUAUCUGGAUUGUGUCAUUAAGGAGACUCUCCGUGUUUUCCCGUCUGUCCCUUUAUUUGGCCGGAGCCUUAGUGAAGACUGUGAAGUGGCCGGUUACAGAAUUGCAAAGGGAACGGAAGCGAUCAUCAUUCCCUAUGCACUACAUCGAGACCCCAGAUACUUCCCAGAUCCUGAGGAAUUCCGGCCAGAGCGGUUCUUUCCUGAAAAUUCUCAAGGACGCCACCCCUAUGCCUAUGUGCCAUUUUCGGCUGGACCUAGAAACUGUAUUGGUCAAAAGUUUGCUGUCAUGGAGGAGAAGACCAUUCUUGCCUGUAUCCUGAGGCAGUUUUGGGUAGAAUCCAACCAGAAGAGAGAAGAGCUCGGGCUGUCUGGAGAUUUGAUUCUUAGGCCAAAUAAUGGCAUCUGGAUCAAGCUGAAGAGGAGGCAUGAAGAUAAUCCCUAACUCCAUCCUCAAGCUCUGAUGAUCCCUAACUCCAUCCUCAAGCUGGGACCUUAGCAUGAUGAAGAUCAUUCCAUAAGAAACAUGGCAUCUGCAAUUUUUAGAUUAUGAGUUGAAAACUCUGAAUCCUCAGACCUAGUGUUUUUUCUUUCUUGUCCCUACUGAUCUUGGGACACAAUCUAUCAUUGAGAGUUUUUGUAUGUUUGUUACUAACAUGGAUGACAUGUCACACCUGCUCUUUGUCUCAAGGGCACUGUUAGCUACCUGAGUUAUCACUGAAAUAAACAUGUAACAAAAACUAUAACAGA